CCAGCCAUCUUCACCAUCUCCACUGGGUGACAAGGGAUAUUUCUUCUUAUGGCCAACGAUCAGGCAACUAUUUUACUCCGAAGACAACUUGCUGAGUUAAACAAAAAUCCUGUGGAGGGAUUCUCAGCGGGUUUGAUUGACGAUGAUGAUAUCUUCAAAUGGGAGGUCAUGAUAUACGGCCCACAGGAUACUCCAUAUGAAGGGGGAUACUUUAAGGCACACCUCAUUUUCCCUAAAGAAUAUCCUCAGAAACCUCCAAAGAUGAUUUUCCAGUCACGGAUGUGGCAUCCAAAUAUUGGAGAAGAUGGAAAUGUGUGUAUUUCUAUUCUGCAUGAGCCUGGAGAUGAUAAAUAUGGAUAUGAAACGGCAGCAGAAAGAUGGUUACCUGUGCAUACUGUAGAGACAAUUUUACUUAGUGUUAUCUCAAUGUUAGCUGACCCAAAUGAUGAAUCACCAGCUAAUGUAGAUGCUGCUAAAAUGUGGCGAGAAGAACCAGCAGAAUUUAGAAGAAGAAUAACGCAAUGUGUGAGGAAAAGCCAAGACGAUUUGUGAUAGAGAAUGUUUCCGAUUUUUUUCUAACCAUUGAUAUGAACAUGACUUGAGCCUGAGUUGAAUCAUCACCACGGGAAAGUGUCACCACCUACCCAGACUUAGGAAGAUAUGUUUGAUGUGCAACAAUCAUUAGGAGGAAUCAACGCCUGCUGUUCAUGCCUCGCGUCUCAGGAUUUUUGAAGCAAUUAAAUUAUUACAAAAAUAAUUGCAAGUAGAUUUUUUCACUCUGGUGUCUUGCAUAGCAUUUAAUUAGGAAAAUACUAGCUUUGAUUUUCUGGUGUGAUUAAAAGAAAUGUGAAGGAAAUGUGUAUUUACAAAAUGUGAAUGUAUGAUAACUAAUGAGGUUCCUUUAUUUUAAUUGGAUACUAUAUCAUUUGAAAGCACUGGACCAGGAUGGUCAAAAUGGAAUUUGAACAUUGAAAGCCUAUUUCUGUUUAGCAAUUAGAGAGUAGGGCUCUACCAAGAAGUUUGAGAUUUAGAUGUUGAUCAGAAAUAGGCCUCCUCAAUUUGAAGAUGGUAUACAAGCUGUAUGAAAGAAGUGCUGGAGAUCAGUGUUAUGCUUGAGCUUGAGUGGAGUAAACUACGAUAUAUAUAUGCAGAUCUGAGCAUGUGGUUACCUACAAUCUACAGUAUUGAAUGAAUGUUGCAUAUUUUUCAUUUUUGUGUGCAUGUUCCUUUUAUGAUGUUCACUUGAAUAACCUCUACAGAGCAGCUUAUCAGCGAUACCACAUCCUCAGUACUCCCGGAGUUAUGAUCACUUUUGCUCUCUACACCCCUGGAACUUGUCAUGGCAAAAUUGAAAGUUCCAUGUGUGACACCUUGUGGACAAGAUGAAAAGACGAGUUUACUCCUUUGAUUUACAUCAAACGGAUCUUUAGGUUGCAUAGCGGCAUUAUUGUAAAGGAUUUGAAGCUCGGUGUCACUCCUCUGUAAUCUUUAAAAGGACUUAAUCUAAUCAGUAUGUGAUUGAUCAGGUUUUUUUCCUGGAACCAAUCAAAUUACUUAUAUUGUACCUUCAAUUUAGUAAUGACAUGUUCCAGGGGUGCAGAGAGUGAAAGCGAUUGUAACGCCCGGAGUAUCGAGGAUGGCAAUACCAGUGUUAGAAUGAUUUAGAAAACACUCCUUUGUGCCACUGAAAAAAAAUCAGAUAUUGUAGGAGGACUGGAAUUAUAUAAGUUAUUUACAACAAAAUUGACAUUUUUUUCAUUUUCAGUUAUCAUUCAUUUCUUGUUCCAGGCAGUGUAUUCUCUAUUUUGCUUUUGGUAUCUGAAAAAAUUGAUGGUGUCCUAUGUUUUGUUUGAUGAUUUAAUGAUUUCUAAAUAAUGAAAAUAGCAAUAAAUAGAUAAAGCAUGCAUGCCUUUAGAAAUAUAAAUUCUGAUAUAUUUCUUACAGAAAGAUCUAGCUAAUUGAAGUUUGGCGUCACAAGAUAUUGCAGACUUUCCUCCAAUUCUUUUCUUUUUUGAAAUAUUUGAUAGCCAGAUUUUUUAAAUCUUUCUUCAAUUCUUACAUGACACAAUUUCUUAAAAUCCAAAACAUAUCUUCACUUAUGUCGUACUCAAGGAAAGAAGUUGAAAUACUUAAGUUGAAAAACUGAUUGCCAGAAUAAAAGACUUCACUAUCACUGCCAUUUACUAUUAUAGUAUUUGCAACAUACUUCUGAUAAAAAAAAUCUAUCAAAACAGUUGAGACACUGAUUUCCAUUAUUUAAAUUUGUUGUUGGUGAAAAGAAUUUCAAUUUGUGUAUAUAUGUAGAUGUCAUUAUCUGUGCUAUUUUCUCUCCUACAAACUUGGUUGAAGGAAAAACUGCCCAUAACAUGUUUGAAAUAGAAUUUUCAGCACAUAGAGUGCUACUAUAGACAUUUUAUAUAUAAAAUAUAUGUUUACUAAGUACAUUUACUGUACUUGUUUAUCAUGUGCAAAUUCACUGAGAAGUCCUUUAUAUAAAAUGUUUUGUAGAUUCAUUUCUUUUGCAAAAAAGACUAAUUCAUAUGAGAUAGUAUGCCUACCGUAGGUUUUCUGUUGGUCUUUAGAAAAUUACAACAAUAACACAUUCAGCUGUGUUUGUUUAUUUUUUUAAUUACUCUUUGCAUUUUUCUUAACUUUUGGAAGAUUGAGAAAUUGAUAUUAAGUCAUCAAAUAUUUCUGUUAAUAUCACGCCAGGUAGCUUGGUGAUAUUAUCAUAAUAUAAGUUGAUUUCUUUUCUCCUUAAAUUUCCCUGUCAGUAGACGUUUUCUUUUUUUCUCUGUAAAUGAAUACAUGUUUAUAAUAAUGCUCGUCAAAUGUAAACCCCCUUUUGUUAAACAUAACAAGUCAUCACAUAAUCUGUUAUCGUAAAUGUUUUAAUGUGCAUAUAUUUAAUAGAACUUUGCACUGUUAGGCCUGUCCUACACUUCGUUUUCUUACUCUCAUGAAGAUGUGAUUCCUCUUUCAGUAUUUUUAGAUAUUGUAAUUGUAAGAUAGUUCACAUUAAAAAGAUUUAGAUGGUACAACUUUACAUAUUCAUGGUGAAAUUUUAUGUAUCUCAACAACUUUAUGCUAAUAUCAAAAGAUAUGGUUAACAAUGUCUUUUUUUCCCAAAGUGUUUUAUAGGUAUAAAAUUUCAUAUUUUCACUUACAUCAAUACAAGAGUACAUAUAUACAUAGAUGUACAGACACUCUAAUCUUUUAAUUAUUGUCUGUCUUUUUUUUUUUUUGCAUUAAAAUGAAUUGGAUAAAUUAUUAAACAAAUAAAUGAUAAAAAUGUAGUGUACAGCAUACUGUAAACAAACAUGUUUUAGUGGUAUUCAUAUUUUGGUAUUUCGUGCCAUAGAUACAGCGCUGAAAUAUUAUCCUGCUCAUUGCAGCUUCUGUAUACAGUCAGUAUAGUAAUCACUUCACUUAUUUGUUCAAAACUGAUACUGUGCUAAAAAAAAUUGAUUGCACCAAAAUAAGUUUGUUUACAGUACUAUAUAUAUUUAUCUUGCAAUAUUAUCAUGGGGUGGGCUUAUUACAGGACAUUGAAAUAGCGUUGGUUGGUAAUGCUACAGAACAGCAAUAGAUAUGGUUGGGCUUAUUUGGAGGGUCCAUUCUUGGAUAAAUAUUGUAAUCUUUUCUUAAGAAAUGUUUUGUAUCAAAUUUCAUUUUCACAUACUAUAAGGUAAUAAAUGUUUACACAUGUGUAUGCACACUUUAUAAUACAAGUAGACACAGAUUUUCUCAUUGCUGUCAGUAAAUGUAUAGUGUUGUCUCUGUCUGUUCCUAUUUACAAUUUAGAUUAUCAUUUAUUAGUACUAUUUCUUAAAGUGUUAUGUGAUUAUCUAAUCUCACAUUUUCUAUUGUUGAUCCAAGUUAUGUGAAGUAAUUACAGAUCAGAGGAUUGUAGAAGCUGUUACACUCAUUUACUUCAUUAGGUCAACAUUUAUAAAGACAAGAAACAAAUAGCUUGCAGGAAUAGAAUAAAGUUUUCGAUGUACACAUUCUUUUCCGAAAGCUUGCUGUCAUAUAAAUCAUUGUUGGAGAUAAAAAGCUACUGAUGGUAUUUAAUGGUGGUUGGAUGUCUAAUUUUCACUACUAUGUCUUUAGUAUAGGGGUUUUGAUUAACUUUUUUACCAAAGAAUGCAGUUGAUAUAAGAAUGUAGAUUUUAUCCUGUGAUCCAUCAAACAAAAAUGAACAAAAGAUAAAAUGUUUUAACCACCAUGGCCUGUAUAUUCUGUAUUAUUCAGUGUUUGAUUAGGGCUUUUCACUCAACAGUUUAUAAUAAAUUCAAUUUUAAAUUUUACUACAUAUUAGAAUACAAAUUAUGAAGGAGAUUUUGUCCAAAAAAUGAAAACUGAAAUGGGGGAAGUAAAAAGAUAGAAACUUUUGAGGGAACAGAGAUAUAAUGUACAUAGCUUGAUUGUACUGCUACUUCCUGCUUGCUUUCAGUCGUUAAUUGACUGUCUUAUCUCACCUAGUGGUCAAGCCUCUCCUUUGUCUGAUGACUGUUCCAUUUGUUGGCAUUUACAAGUGAUUUAUACUUUACAAAUUAAUCUCAGGAAUUUGCUUUGUACAAUGCUUGAUACUGAAAUAUGAGUGUCUUCAUAGAAAAAGAAAAAAAAUGGAGGUACAAAAUAUAUACAGUAGUAUUAGAUUGCUUUUAAAGGGUUAUUAAUGGACAUUGCUUAAUAUUCAAAUAUAGAAAAAGUUUGGUUUUUUUUUAGUGUGUUCUCUCCUGAACACCCCUCCCUUACCCAGCCCUCCAGUUUUUCAGAUUAUUUCAGUAGAUACUUUGAUCUGGGACAGAUAAGUUUGAUGUUCACCAUUUUGUUUGUUUUCUAGGUCAUUAGUUAUAUCUCCAUGGUGUCUCAAGUAACAAUGUGUUUAAAAAUUCAAAGCACAACUCCUUGUACAGGUGGUCAUAGAAAGAUGUUGGCAUGCAGUGUCCAUGAAAUUAUUUAUAGAAAGAUGUGGGCAUACUGUGUACAGAGAAUUAUAGAAAGAUGUGGGCAUACUGUGUACAGAGAAUUAUAGAAAGAUGUGGGCAUACUGUGUACAGAGAAUUAUAGAAAGAUGUGGGCAUACUGUGUACAGGUGGUCAUUUACUUAGAUGAAAGUGCUAAUUUCUUUCAGGAUACAUAAAGAUAUAUUUUAACAUAUUAUUACUUAAGCCACUAUGGAGAUAUAAUGUUCACCUUGUGUUUUUGUUACCUGUAGUUCAUUUGUAGUGCAUCAUUUAUUUCCUGUAUAUUUUAUCAAUCAGGCAUGUUGCUGUAGAUCACUGAUGUCUAUUGUGUUAAUUCAUCAAACACUGAUAUCUAUUGUGUAAAUUCAUAAAACACUGAUAUCUAUUGUGUUAAUUCAUAAAACACAGAUAUCUAUUGUGUUAAUUGAUAAAACACAGAUAUCUAUUGUGUUAAUUCAUAAAACACUGAUAUCUAUUGUGUUAAUUCAUAAAACACAGAUAUCUAUUGUGUUAAUUCAUCAAACACUGAUGUCUAUUGUGUUAAUUCAUCAAACACUGAUAUCUAUUGUGUUAAUUCAUCAAACACUGAUAUCUAUUGUGUUAAUUCAUCAAAGACUGAUGUCUAUUGUGUUAAUUCAUCAAACACUGAUAUCUAUUGUGUUAAUUCAUCAAAGACUGAUGUCUAUUGUGUUAAUUCAUCAAACACUGAUAUCUAUUGUGUUAAUUCAUAAAACACUGAUAUCUAUUGUGUUAAUUCAUCAAACACUGAUAUCUAUUGUGUUAAUUCAUAAAACACAGAUAUCUAUUGUGUUAAUUCAUCAAACACUGAUAUCUAUUGUGUUAAUUCAUAAAACACAGAUAUCUAUUGUGUUAAUUCAUAAAACACUGAUAUCUAUUGUGUUAAUUCAUAAAACACUGAUAUCUAUUGUGUUAAUUCAUAAGGAGAAUUAAUUACAAUUUCAAAGAUCUCGCAGAUAUUUGUUAGACUAAGACAUGUUUAUUUUGUGCUUGAAGAAAAGUAACAAAACUGGUAUACAUUAAAGAUGUCCAGUGGUUUACAGGUUAAGUGGCAAAUAUUUAUUUUAACAUGGCUAGUUAGACACUUUUUUUCCCCAUAAGAUAGUCAUUCUGAUGGUUGCAUAUUGGAAUCCAUUUUUUAUAGUUUAAAUUUGCAAAAAAAACAUACAGGAUGUGAAAUUUGAAAUGCCCAUGUAGACAAAUGACACUUUCAUUCCAUAUGUUUCAGACACAGGAAUUUUUUGAGUGUGAUGUUUAAAGCAUUUUAUAAACUCUCUUGUUGAAUUUUGUGUGCAUGUGUUUAUGAAAUGUAUUAAUCUCAUUGAAUUCAAAUAUGUAUUUGAGAAGCAUUGUAUAGGAUGUGAUGUUUAAGUUAUUACAACUUUUAUCCAGAAUGAUUAAUCAUCGUUGAUAAAUCUUGAUUUUGGUGUAAUGAUUGUUUUAUUUUAUUUUUCUUUAAGUUAACUGUGAAAAAAAAAAGAAAAUUUUUAUUUUUUGAAAGAAACAUGACCUCAGAUAAGAAGUACCAUACACAGAUUUACUAACAACAGGAAGUUGAAAACAUGAUGGUUUAGUAUUUUAUUACUUUUCAUCAAGAAGUCCUUUCAAUCUGGGCCUUUAUGUCUGAUAUUGUGAAUAAAAAGGACCAGUUGGAAAUGGAAUUAAAAGAAAUUCUCCAAAUUGUUUUUAAUUAUGCUAAAUAUGACAUGAUUUCAAUUGAGAAUGAUCCCAACAUCAUUUUUAAUUGUUAUGUCAUUUAACUUUCUUUAACUUUCUCUGAGUGAAAUGUUUUACAGACAGUAAAGUUUAGUACCUUCCAUUUUCUGACCAGAGCAAACGAGUAAAUUAGAAUUAAAUAUGAUCGGAGGACUAAAGAAUAUGGCUAAAUAAAACUAAGAUACAACUGGUUUAAUGUUUGAUGUAACGAAAAAAAAAAAAAAAAAAAAAUAGGUAAAUUUGAUACAUAAAGUCAUACCUAUUAUGAUUCCAUUAGCAAGAAGUCAAGGUUUAUAUAAGUGCAGCAGAACCUUAUCCUCUAGACUAUGAGUUAUUUAUGUGUUGUUUUUCAUUUUCAUUGUAUCAUAUGACACAAACAUUUCAAUUUCAUUUAUUGGAGGAAUUCAAAACAAGUCAACCAUAACAUGUAAUCCUCAAACAUCAUCUUGAUUGCUCCAUUGUUGAUAUAUAUAUAUAUUAAAAUAAAAAA